GCCUAUCAGAGGGAUACGAUACCGGUGUGCGAAUUGCGCUGAUUAUGAUCUCUGCGAGGGCUGUGAAUCGCAAGGUUUGCACAUCAAGACACAUAUAUUCUACAAGGUUAGAGUCCCGGCGCCGGCUUUUGGCCCUAGGAACAUCCAGCCGGUGUGGUACUCGGGGGAUCCAGAAACGACGAUGCGAGUAUUACCAAAAGAGUUGAUUUCGAAGCUUAGUAGGGAGACGGGGUUUGAGAGGCCGGAGUUGGAUGCUUAUUGGGAGCAAUGGACUUUCAUGGCGAAUACGGAUUGGAGGGAUGACCCUGAUGAUAUCAAUUUGGCUAUGGACAGGAAGACUUUCGAACGGUGCCUAGUUCCAUCGGGUGGUAACAGGGCUCCCAGCCUCAUCUUCGACAGGAUGUUUGCGUUCUACGACAGGAACAAGGAUGAUCUGAUCAGCUUUCCGGAGUUCCUUCACGGACUGGCAUAUCGGAAGAAGAGAGACAAGUGGUCGAAUAUCUUUGACGCCUACGAUAUUGAUGGGGAUGGAUACGUCGAUAGGAAGGACUUCCUUCGAAUCUUCCGCUCCUACUACGCUCUACACCGACAGAUGCAUCGAGAUAUGUUGGAGGGUCUGGGCGAGCAGCACAUGAGCAGUACUGAUACUCAUCGCCUCGUCAGCAGUCGGCAGCCUCUCAGCAGCGCAUUUGGACAGGAUGGGAGAUACCCGCCAGCUCCAGAUCCGCGAACCGGCGAAGGGAAGACAGUCUUACCGAACGGCGACCUGGAAAUCUCCGAUGGGAAGGGGGUCAUAAACGAAAGCGGCGACGAUACAGGAAACCGAGAAGAUGUCUUCAGGAGGAAUCUCCUGAGUCGGAAUCGAUGGGAUAGAUCUGGAGCCGGACGCGGCUACUGGGAUGCCAUAUUAAACCCUCCUGUUUCCGUUGAGCAGAUGCCGGAAGUUCUCAGGAACCUCAACCGGGUUCAGAACUCAGUCACCUACGUAUUGAAUGAGCAUCCCAACGCGCAUCCCAUCUUUGGGAUGGCUGCCCAGGAGGAAGAUCACGACGGCUCAGCUAGCGACUCGGAAGAUCUGGAGAAUGACGAGAACUGGCCUCCCCGUUUCGUAACGGUCACCGACGAAGACGCGGAAGCAGUCGACGGCCCCGGCACCACCGUCUCCAAUGUAUCCCGCAGCAGUCGGCAAGCGGUCGUUGAGCACGCCGUGCAGAGAGCACGCGCGCACCGCGAGAUCUACGAGCGCUGGCGACGUCGCCAAUUCUACACAGACGAAGAAGAAGGCGCCCUGCCGCCAGCAGACUGGAAAGAAGACGACGACGUCCUCAACGAAGACGACAGCGGCGAGAGCUCCAAGAAUCCCCCGCCAUCCCGCCCCCGCCUCCACUCGCGCUCCUCAUCCAAGGUCCGCUUCGUGGAAGAGGUAGACGAUUUCGACACGCGCUCCAACCCAUCGACGUCCUCCCGCAGCGUCCCCGAGCGCUGGGGCGGCAUCGAGAUCCCCGACGCCGAGAAGGACGCCGGCAAGGAGAUCCUCUACCAAGUAACGCAACAAGCCUUCAACGAGCUCCUGGACCCUCUCUUCAAAAAGAAAGAAGACAUGGCGCUCCUCGCCGCAGAGACGAAGUCGGAACGCGACACCUGGCGGCACCUCUUCAGCACGCCGGAAUUCGAACAGUGGGCGCGCGCGCAAGACGCCGAGGAAGCGAAGAGGGAGGAGGAUCGCCAGCCGAGAUCUACUCCGGCGGAGAGAAGGACUGAUAAUCCCGUGUGGCCUUUCUUUCAAGAGGUUGAUGUCGAGCAGGUGCGCGAACGGCCGCUCGAGGAUUUGCUCGCUGCUACUGGGUACCAAAUCGCGCCCGACCCAUUUUCCUCAUCCUUUUCUAACCCCGCCCAACAAAACUCCUCUGCCGCAGCUCCUCCUCCUCCUCCCGUCCCAGAACCAAUUCCAUCACCAGUUCCAGAAACCGCACAAGAAGAAGAAGAACCCCACGAUCCCACACUCCCUCAAUUCCGCCCCUCUUCCUCUUCUCCCACCACUCCCCCCCACCCCACCAGCACCAGCACCACAGCACGCCCCCCUCCCCCACCAAACACCUAUCUCCUCACGCUCUGGCGUGCCGAACGCGCCUAUCUAGAGAAAGAAGUUCGAGGGGGCUGGGCGCGAUUAGAUAAAGAUGAGUUUUUGAAUGCGGUGGGGAGGGGAGUGAGGGAGGGGCGCGCGGGCAGUAUGGAGUAUUUGGGGAGUUGGAUUGAGUUUUGUUUACCUUAGGAUUAUUGGGGGGGGGGGUGUAAGAUAGG